AUGUCUGGAAGAGGAAAGGGCAGUGGGAAAGGUCGCGCCAAGCCGAAGUCUCGGUCGUCCCGGGCUGGCCUGCAGUUCCCGGUGGGCCGUGUUCAUAGGCUCCUGAGAAAGGGUAACUAUGCUGAGCGUGUGGGUGCCGGAGCGCCGGUCUAUCUGGCUGCGGUGCUGGAGUAUCUGACGGCUGAAAUCCUGGAGCUGGCCGGCAACGCGGCCCGGGACAACAAGAAGACCCGCAUCAUCCCCAGGCACCUGCAGCUGGCCGUGCGCAACGACGAGGAGCUCAACAAGCUGUUGGGAGGGGUGACCAUCGCUCAGGGCGGGGUGCUGCCUAAUAUCCAGGCCGUGCUACUGCCCAAGAAAACCGCCGCUGCGGGAGCCACUAAAAAGUGA